GCUCCGUCGCGCUUCACUUCAAACGCACCUUAACGAUAUUUGGCGCGUUUAGCGGCGCAAACUGCGGCAGAAGCGCGCGAGCUCCAUUAGUAUGGAGCGCGAAAGACGUCUGUGAGCCGCCAAGCGAAGCGCACGCGUGUCCGCGGCAGAGCCAUGCUUCCACAGGACGUGGGGAGGCAGAAGCCGCGCCGCGUGUCGGAGCCGGUGUGCGGCGCAGACUCCGCACCGUGGCGCGUAAAGAACCGGGACUUCCCUCUGAACGCGAAACGCCGGAGGUCCGGCUCCGCACCGGAGCGCAGGGUGAACUGCGUCGUGGUCGGAGACGGAGCCGUGGGAAAGACCAGCCUGAUCGUCAGCUACACCACCAACGGAUACCCCGCGGAGUACGUGCCCACGGCGUUCGACAACUUCACCGUGAUGGUUGUGGUGGACGGAAAACCGGUGAGGCUGCAGCUCUGUGACAUGGCGGGACAGAAGUGGGGACCGGUGGACGGAUCAAUCAACGAUGAGCUGGAGCGCAUUCGACCUCUGUGCUACAAGAACGCCGACGUGGUCCUGCUCUGCUACAGCGUGGUGCGGCCCUGCUCCUUCCGCAGCCUGCUCAGCCGGUGGCUUCCUGAGGUCCGGCAGCACUGCGCCGCCGCGCCCCUGCUCCUGGUCGGCACCCAGCUGGACCUGAGGGAGGACGUCCAGGUGCUGAUCCACCUGGCGCAGAACCAGGAGCGGCCCGUGAGCACUGAGGAGGGGCGGCGCCUGGCCCAGGAGCUCGGCGCCGUGGGGUUCGCAGAGUGCUCUGCUCUGACCCAGAAGAACCUGAAGGACGCGUUCGAUUCGGCCAUCUUGGCCAGCGUCCAGCAGACAGACAGCAGCAGCAGCCAGCAGCAGAGGACCACUCUGAGGAAGAAGACGCCAGAUAAGAUCAAGAGCCUCUCGGAGUCCUGGUGGAGGAAGAUCAGCUGUCUGAUGGGAGACCGCAGCUGUGACUUCCAGUGAUCAGACGUCUGGGUCGGAUCGAGUUUUGGGACAACUUUGUAGAAUCGGCCCGUUUUAUGCUUUAGGAGCCUGAUGGGACUUAUGCGUUAUUUAUAUGUUUAUUAUUUACUCCUUUUUAAGGUUCUGAAGCUAAAUGUCAGGGAACGCGACGCUGCUCUGACACAUCACACCUGUUGAUGUUAAUCAGAUCAGCUCCCACUUCUACACCACUGCUGUAAUCCAGAGUCAGGCUGCUCUAAUCGGAGCAGACAGGACCACCUGGACCGCAUUAGAGCAGCAUAUGGAGCGGCUGUGGCCUGGUGGAGGUCUGAUCCGGACCUGGUUAUUGGCUCCUGUCACUUCAGGGGUAACUUCAACCACUACACUGCUCAAAAACAUCAAGAAAUGUUUUUCCCAGAGUUUUAUUAUUUAGUUUUAAAUUACUUGUGACUUAAUGAAUGGAUUCAUGGAAAUAACUGACCAAACACAUAAUUUUGGCAUGAAUGACAGUUUUAUUAAAGUCAGUACAUGAAUAAAAGUUGCAUUACGUUCUCAGCAUUAGCUAUUAUUUGUAUAUAGUUCAUAUGAAGGCGACAGGAGUUUGAUUUGUUGAAUCAAGUCUGAAGUGACGCCACAGCUUGACAGGUGCACGAUCUGGUUCUACUGGUCUUAGGCGGGAACAGACAAAGAUCGGAUGGACUGGAUAUUUAUUACAUCUGUAAAUAUAACAAAGCAGAGCUCAAUGUAUUUAAAAUAGGGCAGAGUUAAGCUUCUGAUCAAAAGCCUUUGGCUCUAAUACUCACGUUUUGGCAACAUGAAAGCAUCUUACUGGUUUAACUGGUCUCAUACAGAUAUUAAACUGCACGAGUGACCACAGAGUUAUUUUACCAAUCAGACACAAACUGUGGAAGAAGAAACAUGUUGCAGCAAUAUUAUAUAUGUCGUGGAUCUGAGUCGUGUCACACGCACAGCACAGGAUGAGAUGACUUGGAUCUAUCUUGUUUUCAGCAGUGAUCCGUUACUUCUGUGUUUUAUAUGUUUAUAUUCUCUGUAUUUUUGGAUGUCUUGUUUUUUGUGCAGAGACUUGUUCUGACAUUUGGUUUUGACUAUAUUUUCCUGCGAUGCAGCGAUUUGUAGCUCUUGUAUUCAAACAGGUUCACUGUUAAUUUUGCCUUCAAGCCCAGUGGCGUUCAGUUUUUCUUUAUUUGGUAUUUAAACUUCUUGGUUCACAGCCAUUUCUGGGUCUUUUUGGUGAGAUGUUCUAUUAAUUAACUAAAUAUGCAGGUCUGGUUGAAAUGCUGUGGGUUUCCCACCAUAUUUUCUGUACAGACAGGGAUCAGGCAAAAGGCAGAGUCCAAAAAACGGAAUAGGAGCAGGUAAAACAAGGUCAAAAAACAAGAGCAAGGUUCCGUUCACUGGCAAGAACUAGGUUCAGAACCAAAAACGUGGCAGGAACCAGGCACGCGAUAACAACACGCUGAUGAGUCCAUGUGAACAGAGUGGCAACAAAGCAAAGUCCAAACACUCCUUCUACUGAGCGCAGAGUCCUUGUCCAGCAGUUCGGUCCACAGGGACAAGCGUCUGGGAGGUUCUGGGAGACCGACGUCGAAGCGGGAGUGGGAGCAACAAAGUUACAACAACUGACAACAAGAAGUUGUCAAAACACUCAACAAAGAUCCAGGAUCUGUGACAGAUGGAACGUUCAAGCGUUUCUGUUCCACUUUGUUUCACCGCCACCAGGUGGCGCCGUUUCCUCCAGUGUUUGCCCUGUUUGUUUAUUUGUGGUGUCAUGUGAUUUCCACGUUCGGUUCUCGUUUGAAACCGCUGUAACUUGUUUCACCUGUGGGAGUUUGGUGAUUCAUGCUUAGUCGUGAUGGCUUGUCAGUGUCUGUGUUAAUGACAAUGUGAGUUGCAGCCCUGAAGCUCUGAGGUUCAUUCAUGUUACAUUUGUGUUCAAAUUUGAGAACAUGUGAGAUUUCAACAAAUGUGUUUUAGUUGUUUAUUAUUAGUUCAAUUAAACAUGUGAACACUUUUCUAGUCUUUAGACACACAGUCAUCUCAAUUAGUUACACAUUUUUUUAUUUUUUCAGUUCAGGAGUCAGUAUUUCACAGGCUAAGGCCCAGAAAUCUUCCAGCCACUUGAUUAAGUACAACAUUAAGUAGCAUUUUGCCAUAAUAAACGAAUGGGUUGGA